AUGGCAAAGGCAAGCAAGAUGCUCGCAGUCGUGGCGGGUGUGGCGGCCUACUGCGGUUGGCAGGGUGCAUUCGUGCCCCCUGCUGGCCGACACGUGCCGAUCGCCACGGCGGCCGGCGCCGCGGCCAUGCUGGGCACAGCGCCGGCUUACGCGGACAAGAUCGAUGAUGCGGCCAAGGUUCUAUCAGAGAAGUCUUACCCAUUCUUGAAGGAGAUCGACUGGACUGAUGGCGUCUAUGGCGUUCUGCCCACUGCCAAGCCCUUGGAUGUGCUGAAGGCGAUCGACAAGAUGUUGGUUAUGGGCGCCGCGAUGGACCCGGCAGCUCUGAAGGCUGGCGUGUUGGCCCACAGCGAGGCCAUCGGGCGCGUUGACAGCAAGGGGGUGACCACCCUUGAGGACUACACGGCCACCAACGCCGCCAUUGGCCACAUGAUUGCGUCCGUGCCGGCCUCCAAGACCAUGGACGUGUACAACGCCUUCAACAAGUUCAGCUUGGGCAAGGAUGUGGGCCCUUACAUGAUGUCCAAGGUGAACGCUGAGGACGCCAAGGCGGCCUAUAAGGCAUUCCUGGAGUUCAAGGACGUGGUGAAGGCUUCUCAGCGCUGA